AUGAAUUAUCAGCGACAAUUUGAUUAUGAUAUCACUACUUCAGAGUUACUCCAAAAACUAAGAAAUUUAAAUGAUGAAAAAUCCUAUUUGAAAAGCGACAAGAAAGUCAUUUUGAUGUGUGGCUUUUUUGAAAAUAGUCAUUUAUGCUAUCAUUUACAAUUAACAAAUGCACAUUAUAAGCCAGUUAUAUUUAAUGUUGAAUGUCCACGUGGACGUGCUUUUGGUGCAACGCCACAUAUUGGCGUUGUGAUGCCACAAUGCAAAAUUAUCAUUUAUUGUACAUUUCAUUCGGAGCGUAUCACACGUGUACCUGAUGACGGAAUUUAUAUUUAUAGUAUUUUUCAAAAAGCAGUUAAUUAUGAUCAAUUUAGUAAUUCACAAAGUGAUAAGGAAAAAGAACGAAUAGCACGAAAAAUUUGGUCACAACAUCGUGGUAAAUGCUUCGAAUGUCUUCGUCUACCGGUAGCUUUUGAACCACGACGGGCAGCGGUACAUGAACAACACAUUGAGGUCUACUGUGAUGAAAUAACUGGUAAAUUUCAAUAUAUUGCACCGAAAUUAUCAAAGGAGGAAUUACCAACCAGUCAACUACCAUCUGCUAAAGAAAUGCAAUAA